AUGCAGCAAGCAGACGUCCUGGUCUCGCUUCACGACGGCGGAGAGAGGGAGCUGUGUUUCCUUUCGCUUGAUGGCGGGGGUGUUCGAGGCCUGUCAUCCUUGUGUAUCCUGGAUGAGCUGAUGCGCAAGGUCAACCCGGACAAUCCGCCCUCGCCGUGCGACUAUUUCGACCUGAUUGGGGGGACGAGCACCGGAGGUCUAAUUGCUAUCAUGCUUGGGCGGUUGCAUAUGACCAUUGACGAGUGUCGAGCCGCGUACCGUGAUUUAUCGGACGAAGCCUUCCAGAUCACAAACCACCGUGCGGCACCGUCCUUCAGUAUGCCGUGGAACUGGAAGCUCCCGGCGCGGUUCGAUACAGAGGCCCUUGAGCGUGGUUUUAAGCGGAUCAUCGUGAACGCCUUGAAGAAACGGUCGGAGAAUGCUUGCAAGGCUGAGGAGGAACUCACAGACACUUUGCUAAAGGAGGCUUCCCCUAAAUGUCGGGUGUUCGUUAUUUCGACGAACGCCCGCUUUCCGGACCGGACCAUUAUCUUCGCCAACUACGUAUCCGAUCGAUGGCCACGAGACCUACUGAACUCGGUGAAGAUAUGGGAGGCUGCGAGGGCAACCUCUGCGGCGCCCACCUUUUUCGAGUCGAUACGUCUCGGCCCCGACAAUGAAGAAUUCCUCGACGGCGCCACGGGCGCAAAUAAUCCGGUGAAUUCUUUGUGGAAUGAGGGCUUGGACAUAUGGAAGCCAGGCACUCCGUUGGAGGAGAGGCUGCAUUGCUUGGUCUCGAUAGGCACGGGCGUGCCCUCCGUCAACGCCUUUGGAAGCGGGCUCAAGGAUAUUGGGAUAACGCUGAAGGCCAUGUCCACGGAGACCGAGACGACGGCAAACGAGUUCAUGCGUCGGUAUUCCCGCCUCCACAAGGAUCAGAAAUACUUUCGAUUUAACGUGCGUUCUGGCCUGGAAGGGAUCGGGCUGGAAGAAGCAUCCAAGCGAGCUGAUAUCAUUUCGGCCACUAGGAGAUACCUGACAACGGAGGAGGACAGAGUUCGGCUUGAGACCUGUGCGGACAUGCUGAGAAUUCGAGAAUGGGAGACAGUAAUAUCAUAUAUAAUGGACCAAGCUGCACAGGAGUUUAGCAGGGCCAACGAACGCCUGAGACACCUCGCGGGUAGCUACCAGCCCGAGCUUGGAGACGCCGCAGAAUGGCUCAAAAACAUACCAGAGUAUAGGCAGUGGAUAAAGGGAAGGCGCGGGUUGCUUUACUGCAUCGAUGAAGAUGGGGGGAGCCUACGCUCUUUCCUGACCACUGUGGCUGGUGAAGAGUUUGGGCCAGGGCACCUCCACUCCGGCAAUAUCAUAUACAUUGACCUCUCGCAAUACACAAGGCGCCCCCUCCAAAUGCGUGUCAUUCGUUCAGUCCUUCUCCAGGCGCUCCACCGCAUCGCUAGGGGUUCCCGAAGCUUUCUCAAAUACAUGGGAAAGUCAGUGCUCAAAAAGCCGUAA